CGGCACCAGGUUGAGCCAGUGACUGGAAAGGUUUCAGUCUGAUUGCUCAAACUUACCACCCUGCUAGACUUCAGCUGCUUCUGCCCAUAGCCCUCCUCACGGUUAUUAGCACAGACAAGAUGUCCUGGGUGCAAGCUGCAGUCAGCCAGCACAGCGGAGAUGUGUUUGAUGAAGAUGCAGAUGAAAUGGACAUAGCUCAGAAAGAAUGGAAGAGCACCAUGGAGAAACGAGUCAAAGAAGGCUAUAGGGAGGGAGCAGAAGCUGGAAGACUUCUGACAGUUCAAGAGGGUUUUAAUCAGGGGUAUAAAGACGCAGCAAGGAAGAUGAUCUCAUGCGGCCAACUCAAAGGAACCAUAAGUGCUCUUUCGUUCUGGUGUCAGCACAAUGGAUGCAGUUCUGGAGUGCUGAGCGAGGUAACUGACCUGCUGAACGAAUUGGGAAAAUAUGAAGAAUCUGUGUUUAGAAGUCUUAACUCUACCCACCUGCAGCCCCAUGCUGAAGACUUGCUGGAUACUAUUGAGGACAUGGACCUUGGUCAUGCCCUCUUACCUGAGAAACAGCAUGGUGGAACUACAGGUGGAAGAAUCUCUGAAAACGGCAUUGAGUUUAGUGGACAGUGUUGCAGAAAUGAUAGCAGGACUGGAUCCUUCCAAGAAGAAUGUUGCAGAAGGAGAAAAGGUGGCACUGAUUCCAAAAAGCCAGUGUUUAGUUGGCUAAAAGAAAAAACUAUCAAUUUAGUAGAUCAGCUAGGUUUGCCACCAGACACAAUUGAACACAUUCGACUAUUGCAAAGUUAAUUCAUUGUGUGGAAUUUUUAAAAGUUUUUUUUAAAGUAUCGUUUUCCCCCAGAUAUACAACUACCUCAAAACUGGCUGAAAUGCAGAGAUUUUGCUUUCAAAUAUUGCUUAAUGUGCCCUUUAUAUAGUAGAUAAAAUCCUGUGGUAUUACAUGGA